AUGGCAAAGACGUCAACUGGUGCUGCUAUGUCUCUGCCGAGGGAGGUUCAAUCGAAACCUGAACCCAAAGAUCAACCGUCAUCCUCCUCACCGUCACCCACAGACCAAUUCUCGUUGCUUAACAUAUGGCUAAUCCUGUUGGCCCCUAAGCUCUUGGUGGCAGUAGGAUAUCACUCCACUGACUUUGACGUGCACAGAAACUGGUUGGCUAUCACUCAUAACUUACCGUUAAGUCAAUGGUACGUGGAAGCCACCAGUCAAUGGACAUUGGACUAUCCACCCUUCUUCGCUUAUUUUGAAUGGUUUCUAAGUCAAUUGGUCCCGGCCCCAGUUAAAGCCGAUGGCUGUUUACAAAUCGUGCCCGUGGGCAACUAUGGUCUCCCCACAAUCUAUUUCCAACGAGCCACGGUCAUUGCCAGUGAAUUGGUCUUGUUUGUAGCCCUUCAAUGGUUCAUCAACACGUGCCAGCUGUAUCUGUCUAAGAAACGAGCGUAUGCCAUAGCUGCAUCCUUAGCGUUAUCUCCAGGGUUAAUGUUGAUAGAUCACAUUCAUUUCCAGUACAAUGGAAUGAUGUAUGGGAUCUUGGUACUUAUGCUCAAUUGCGCCCGAUUAGAUCAGCAUUUAAUGUGCGGCUUUUGGUUUGCCGUACUCUUAUGUUUCAAACACAUAUACUUGUAUCUUGCACCAGCCGUGUUUGUCUAUUUGUUGAGCGGCUAUUGUCUUUCCUUGAAAUACGAUAACAAGAAAUCUUUGGUCAAUAAUGUGGUGGGUCUUAUUCAAUGGACUAACUGUCUAAAAUUAGGGCUAGUGGUGGCCAGUGUGUUCACAGUAGCAUUCGGUCCGUUUGCCUAUUACGGAGUGUUGCCCCAGUUAUUCUCAAGAUUAUUCCCCUUCAGUAGAGGGUUGACUCACGCUUAUUGGGCACCAAAUAUAUGGGCCAUCUAUCUGUUCGUCGAUAGAGUGUUGAUUCAAGUGUACAAAUCAGUACCCUUGUCCCGAACAAUCUUACAAAGAGUGUUCCAAUUUAAUGCCGGACUACUCUCAAAUCCCGACAUGCUCAACAAAUCUACAAGAGGAAUUGUGGGUGAUAUAGAAUUCUUCAUCUUACCCACCAUAACACCUCAAAUCACCUUUAUCUUGACAUUAUUCUACCAGAUCAUGGCAUUGAUUCCAUUAUUCUUUCAGCCCAAUUAUAAGAGAUUUGUCGGGGCCUUGGUGUUAUGUGGCUACGCUUCAUUCCUUUUCGGAUGGCAUGUUCAUGAGAAAGCCAUCCUAAUUGUGAUCUUCCCUAUAACCUUUUUGGUAUGCAACAGCAAAUCACUACUUGCACCAUUUAAUUUGUUAGUAAGUUGUGGGUACGUUUCUUUGUUCCCAUUAAUCUUCACUCCUGGUGAAUGGAUCUUUAAGGUGACUUUUACAUUCAUGUGGUUUGUUAUCUUUUACGUUGCGUUCAAUGCCGUCGUUAAGCUCCCAAAAAACGUCGGAGGCUCCUCUGGGAUCAUGUUCCAUCGUCUUACUCAAUUAUAUAUACUUGGAUUGGUUCCAUUAAUACUUUUCACUUCCAUGAUGGACUUGUUUGAGUCCAAAUACGAGUUUCUUCGGAAACUUGAAUUUUUGAAGUUAAUGCUUAUAAGUGUAUAUACCGCAUUGGGGAUCAUAAGUAGUUGGAAUGGGUUUAGUUGGUUAUAUUUUGUGGAUGAAACUCUAUGGUAG